GGCCCGGCGCCGGACCCCCACACCGCCUCCCUGGCCCGGCUUCCAUCUCAAACGGCUACCCAAUGCCGGGUCCGCCGAGCCUCUUUUCAAAAUUUUGACCGUUAAUCAACGGCAUUUUCCAUAAAAAAAAAAUUCAUUUCCCUUUUAAAUAUAUACCACUAUCUAAUCCAUUUUUAUACCAUUUUCUCUCAUUCUACUCCCAUUCUUCUCCUAUUCUCAUCCUUUUUUAUAAAAAUACUCUAUAAUUUUUAUAACAUUCUCUCCCAAACAUGAAUCCAUUCAACCCAAACAACCCCAACCCAAACAACCCCAACCCGAAUAAUCCCAAUCCGAACCAACCUAAUUUUUUUUCGAGUCCCGCUUACACUCCGACUAUGGAUCCUUCGUGGGGGGCUUCGCAAUUUCCGUUUUCGGGUUUCCAACAAACACCCAACGCCUUCUCACAAAUGUCUCAACUACAACAAGUUCAACAAUAUCAAGCGCUCCAACAAAUCAUGCAACGCAACACGUUUGAACAACUCCAAUCGCAAUCGCAACCCCCGGUUCAACUUGAAGAUGAUGAUGAAGAAGUCGUCCCCGAAUCACCACCGCAAGAGCUCACGCGCAAAAAAAAGAAGGGGAAGGGAAAGAAUGUUGAACCCGAAACCGCGCAAAAACCGAGAGCAAAGGGGAGACAAUGGACGAAAGUAGAAGAGGAGGCGCUAGCUAUGGCGUAUGCUAAGGCCUCUACUUGCCCGAUAGUCGGAAACAACCAAUCGGGUAGUAGUUUUUGGAAGAAGACAACGGAUAGGUUUAACGCGAUUAUGGAGCAUGGUCCGGCUCGUGAUGUCGAAUCCGUCUCGGGCAAGUGGCGAAAAAUGAUCAAGGUCGUCAACGCCUUUAAUCAAAUUUAUAACCAAAUUUACCUUUCUCCUCCAAGCGGGAGUAACGAGCAAGAUAUUCUUAACCUCGCUAUCGCCAAGUGGGACUCCCAAAAUUCAACGCCUUUCCCGCACUUCCGAGCAUGGAACGUUAUAAGGAAAGAACAAAAAAUGGAAGCCGGUUCCAAAUGAGGUCGCAACGGCCAAACGCACUAAAACUUCCGAGUCCGGAAGCUAUAGUGCGGGAGGCUCCACCGCUCGAUGUCAAAUCGACAUAAACGACGACCCGGAAGAUGACGAGGAUGUGUUGCCCGUUCACGAGUCGGAACGUCCCCCCGGGAGGGACAAAGCAAAAAAAGAAGCGGCCGGAAAGCGAAAAGUGUCCGGCUCGAGUGGAGGUGGCGGCUCGAGUGGAGGUAGAGGCGAGAAGGCAUCGUCAAAAAUGGACGACUUGAUAAACGAAUUCCGUUCGUUCAAAGAGUUCUCGACCGAAAAGUAUACUCACAAGAAAACCGUGUCGUCCGACUAUGCUCGAGCGGAAGAUUUUAGGAUUAUGCGGUUGGAUCUCGACUCGGUUCCGGAGGAUGAACGCGAGGUUUAUCGGAGGAUGAAGGAAGAGGUGAAAAAAAAAUGGACGUCGUAGGUUGUAGGAAACGUAAUUUUUUUUUAUUUUUUAUUUUCGGUUU